AUGCAUCUCCAAGCCCUCCUCCCUCUUCUCCUCACCUCCGCCUCCCUCGUCGCCGCAUUGCCAAAUGCUGCUGCUGCUGCCGCCGCCCCGGCCGCCACGACAGGCGACUCCAGCUCCAGCUCGGGGGAUACUGCGCAGUGCGCGAAGAGCAUCCUCGACGCAUGCCUGAAACAACUCCAACCGCAGAUGAGCGCCUGCGGCCAGAAUGACUGGAGCUGUCUGUGUACGCAGAGUCAGAAUGUCUUGACAUGCUACAGCAACUGCCCCUCCGACCCAGGCCGCUACACCGUCUCGCAGCAGGAAGUCUCCUACUGCAACGCGGCACAAGCAAACUCCCUGCUCUACUCGACUUCUACCAAGGUGACCAAGACCGCGUCGGCAACCAAAACGAUCGCCACCGCCACGACCACCGCGUACGCUAAGUCGACGGCGGCGUCGGCGACGGCCACGUCGGUCAAGUCCUCCGGGGCGGCGGCUGGGACUGCCGGGUUGGAGCUGGGGCUGGGAGUUGCGGCUGUCGUUCUGGGAGUUUGGGGGAUCUAG